AUGCCCGCGCCAGAUAACAGCAAUAACAUUAACGCCCAGGCUGUCGAUAUCAGCCCGAGGAAUCGCCAGUCCGAGGAUAGCACGUCGCAGAACUCGCUGACUCGGACCGUUUCGUGGUCGAGCAAUCUUCCUACCCCGCAGAACAGUCCGUCCCGCGGGAGAGAAAACAACAGCCCCUACAGCAGAAGAAACAACAUGACGGCUGUGAAUGAGGAGACGCCUAUAGUAAACAAUAACUCGCCGAUUGUACGGGACUACCAGUCGACAGACAACCUGUCGAGGGAUACGACGAGUAACGCAGCUCAAAGCGGGCAGCAAAAUGGGCAACAAACCGGACAACUGAGUCGACGACGGUCACGACCGGACAGCACUCUAACCAGACAAGAUACCGCCAAUGAUGACGAUGGUGAAGAUGAUGAUGGCCCACAGCAGUCGUGGCAUCGACGCUUCGCCGACAAGUACGGGGCGUUGGAGCUGGACAAUAAAGGCAGUGUCGCACGCGACCAUCUUGCAUUGGAACGAACAUUCCUCGCCUGGCUACGCACGUCACUCGCCUUUGCAUCCAUUGGCAUUGCCGUAACCCAACUAUUCCGUCUCAACAGCUCCAUCACACCCAAACCCGACCACCAAACCUCAUCCGACUCACUAAACCCCAACGCCGACGUCAACCCUAUUCUACCCAUCGAUCAGGGCUCUUCAUCCUCGCUCCUCGAACUCCUCCUCCUCACUCCUUCUGCUACCGACAGCAGCGGCGGACCCAACGACACCCGCCUACGCAACGUCGGCAAACCGCUCGGCGCGACCUUCAUUGCCAUUGCCAUUUUGAUCCUUUUGAUUGGUUUCCACCGCUAUUUUCAGGCUCAAUACUGGAUUGUGCGCGGCAAGUUCCCGGCGAGUCGUGGCAGUGUUGCGCUUGUCACGUUUGUUGCCGCGGGGUUGAUUGUGUCCAGUCUAGUAGUGAUCCUUGCGAUUGCGCCGACGUCUUUGGAGCGAUAG